UCGCCAGCCGCGAUGAAUUACCUGCGCAGGCGGCUCUCCGACAGCAACUUCAUGGCCAACCUGCCCAAUGGCUACAUGACGGACCUGCAGCGCCCGCAACCGCCGCCGCCGCCGCCGCCCAGCGCCACCUCCCCGUCUCCCGGUAGCGUGUCCCCCGCCGAAAGGCCGCCGCCAGCGGCUGCCCCCAGCCCCGGGGCCGGAGGAGGCACUACCGGCGGCGGCGGCGGCGGCGGCGGCUUUUUCUCGUCCCUCUCCAACGCGGUGAAACAGACCACGGCGGCGGCGGCGGCCACCUUCAGCGAACAGGUUGGCGGGGUGGCCGGCUCUGGAGGCUCCUCGGGGCGCAGCAAAGUCUUGCUGGUGGUGGACGAGCCGGGCACGGACUGGGCAAAAUACUUCAAGGGCAAGAAACUUCAUGGAGAGAUGGACAUAAAAAUUGAACAAGCAGAGUUCGCUGAUCUCAACUUGGUGGCUCAUGCUAACGGCAACUUCUCUGUUGAUAUGGAAGUUAUGCGUAAUGGUGUCAAGGUAGUCAGGAGCCUAAAGCCUGACUUCGUGUUGAUCCGCCAGCAUGCCUUCAGCAUGGCACGUGGCGGAGACCAUCGUGGCAUCGUGAUUGGACUGCAGUAUGCAGGGGUGCCCAGCGUCAACACCCUGCACUCGGUGUACAACUUUUGUGACAAGCCCUGGGUGUUUGCCCAGAUGGUGCGCCUGAAUCGCAAACUUGGACCAGAAGAAUUCCCACUCAUUGACCAGACCUACUACCCCAAUCACAAAGAAAUGCUCACAACCUCCAAGUACCCAGUGGUGGUGAAGAUGGGACAUGCCCAUUCUGGAAUGGGCAAGGUCAAGGUGGAGAACCAAUAUGACUUCCAGGACAUCGCCAGUGUGGUGGCCCUCACCAAAACCUAUGCCACUUCAGAGCCCUUUAUUGAUGCCAAAUAUGAUGUCCGUAUCCAGAAGAUUGGCAACAACUACAAGGCCUACAUGAGAACCUCCGUUUCGGGGAACUGGAAAACCAACACCGGCUCUGCCAUGUUGGAGCAAAUAGCCAUGUCAGACAGGUACAAGCUAUGGGUGGACACUUGUUCAGAAAUCUUUGGUGGCUUGGACAUCUGUGCGGUGGAGGCUCUGCAUGGCAAGGAUGGACGUGACCACAUCAUUGAGGUAGUGGGAUCAUCUAUGCCUCUGAUUGGAGACCACCAGGAUGAAGACAAGCACUUGAUUGUGGAGCUGGUGUUGACCCGCAUGGCUCAGGCCAUCCCUCGCACACCGGUGCCCUCGCCCGUGCGCUCUGCCUCGGGACAGCACGCCCAGACUCAGUCUGCUCAGCCUGGACAGCGACAAGGCCCUCCGGCCCAACAGAGGCCCCCACCACAGGGAGGUCCUCAGCAGCCACCUCCAGGCUCCCAGCGCCCCCCGUCUCAGCAGCGCCCCCCUCCCCAAGGCCAGCAGCUCUCCGGCCUCUCCCCACAGCAAGGUGGACCUCAAAUGGGUCAGCGUCUGCCAAGCCCCACUACCCAGCAGCCCCCUCCACAGGCCCAGCAGCGUCCUGCAGGGCAACGUCCGCCCGGGCCGGGAGCCCAUCAGUCUCGCCAGCAGGGGCCGCCGUCUGCUCCGCAGUCCCCACAGGCCCAGAGAGGUCCUAGCCCUAGCGGUGGGGGACAGCAGCAGCAGCAGCAGCGGCAAGGGUCUCCUCAGCAGCAGCGGCCUGCAGGAGCAGGCCCAGCCAAGGCAGCCUCCGGAGGCCCCCCGGGGCAACAGCAACAGCCGCCGCCACAGCAGCAACAGCGUCCUGCAGCAGCGGGAGGAGGGCAGCCACGGCAACAUCCCCGCCAGGGCAGCCAGGGGGGUCCACCUCAGCAGCGCCCACCGGGGGCAGGAGCACAGCAGCAGCGCCCGGCGCCGCCCACAACCCAGCAGCCACGGCCCAGCACUCAGGGGCAGGGCCCUGGGGGCCCAGGGCAACAAGGCAGCCGCCCUCCACCAAGCCAAGGAAAACCUCAAGUGGCCCAGAAACCCAGCCAGGACCUGCCUCCGCCCCAGCCCCAGCUGAACAAAUCCCAGUCUCUGACCAAUACCUUCCCCCUUGCAGAGGCGCCGGUGCCACGGGGCAGCCUUAGUCAGGACGAAGUGCGUGCAGAGAGCAUCCGCAGCCUCCGACAGAGCUUCGCCAGCCUCUUCUCCGACUGAGGGACCU